AUGUCGGGAAGAUACUAUGCGGAGGUGGCGGGAGUCCUGGUCCCGGACUCGGGCUCUUUUGCUGCUGUCCGAGAGCAAUUCCACAGCAAAGAAGUGGCGGUUGUCGGUCCGAAGACCUGUCUUCCAGCUGGACAUCGGCCGGUGCUGUGGCUGCAGGACCUCCAGUCGCCCACCGACAUCAUCCCCGGUGAGAAGGCAGCGGCCACCUUCCCCUUCCCGCCCCAUACGAUGUCAAGAUUGAGCGGCCUGAACUACCGGCAGCUCUCGCGAGCCACCGGCAUCUCGCUGCACGUGGUGCAGCGCUGCGUGCGAGAGACCGUCCUCUUGUACUGUCACCUCCUGAGGAACAAGGCGCACGUCUCAUUCGCCUUCAAGAACAUCGGCGUUCUGACGUACGAGGACGACUUCCUCUGCAUGAGGUUCUUGUCCAGCUGCAUUACAACGCUGGAGAGCAAUGCCAGCCUGACUGCACUGCUCCACACUAGAAUUUGGCCGGCCCGUUCUGCUGACUUCGGGUCAGAGACUACCGCUCAUGGAAUCCAGGUGUUGCCGAGGUUUCAGCUCGCUGUGAAAAAGAGCAGAGCAGAGGCCGCCGCAGAAAGGAACGCUGCAGUGGCGCGGAAGAUGAGUAGAGGUGAGGGAAAGGGUCCCAGCAGCAGGAGGGCGGGCCCUGUCCCAUGCGGGGGCACUGCCGGCAGGCUGCUACAGAAGCGGAAGACACUUCCCCCCUCCAUGCUGCUGCAAUACCAGGCAGGCUCAAGGCAGCAAGAUGUGGCAAAGAAGCCUUCUGCCAGCGUGCUCCCGCCGUGUGCAGGCAGCUCCCACGGGAGAAAGCAAGCAGGACAGAAGGAACCAUCUACUCCUGCCCAGACCAGCACUGCACUCCCUGCGACAGAGGACUCUAAGAGAGUGCUGCAGGAGCUCCGGGAAGUGUCUGCCCUGUGGAAUGAAGCAGACCGCACGUGGCCCGUGUACCAGCAGCAGCGGUUUGCCAGUGCGAGCGUGUGGGCUCCGCGUCCUCCAGCCCAGCCCCGGGGACAGCAAGUGAGGAGGAGGUGGAGGAAGGAUGUGGAUCCUCCGCCGGGAAGUAAAAUGGGAACAGCGACCAAGCUGGCACUGCAUGCCGACCUCCUCUCCCCGCGAGCAGCUCAGGUGCUCCAAAGGUUGGAGCCCCACCUCCAUCAGCAAGAGGCUUUUGCUGACACCGCGGAAAGAAACCGGCAGAAGCUGGAGCUGAAGCGGCAGCUCCCCUGUGCUCGAUGCUCGUACCGCUCCAGAGGGGAAGGUGCUGGCAACAGUUGCUGGAGCUGUCGGCAAGGGGGCUGGGAAGCUGUCCGGAUUUCCACCUGUGAAUGCCUUGGCUGGGGAGCAGACUAG